CCCUUAAAAGUGUAGGCAACCAGAACAAACCUAUUCUGUCACGUGGAUGUAGUGUGAACUAGUCACCUUGCGAUUAUAGUGUUAAUUAAUAAAAAAGCAUUUACCCCUUAGUAAAGAAAUGGGUAAAGGUCGAAAGAAUAAGCCGAAGAAGAAUUUUGCUGAAAAACGUCGUGAGAAGCAGAAAAAAAAGAAUGAAUGGGAUAAUACUCCUCAUAGAAGCUACGCAGAUAUUAUUCGGGAGAACAAAGAUUUUGAGAAUUAUUAUAAAACACAAGGAAUAGUACCAGAAGAUAAAUGGGAUGCGUUUAUCAUUACUAUGAGAACUAAUUUGCCAGUUGCUUUUCGUAUUACUGGUUCGAAAGCUGAAGCUAAAGCCUUACUGAGAAUAAUUAAAAGUGAUUUUUUUAAAGGGAUUUUGAAUGCAAAUUUGAAUGAGGACAGUAAGGAAGACAUUAAUAGUCAGAAAACUAUAUUACAUAGUUUACCUUUUUAUCCGGAGGAAUUAGCUUGGCAAUUGCAAUUAACUAGGAAAGAUAUUCGACGAUCCGAGGCAUAUUUUAGGUUGCAUAAUUUCCUCAUUGCUGAAACCAACAAUGGUAGUAUUAGCAGACAGGAAGUAGUUAGUAUGAUUCCUCCUCUGGUUCUGGAUGUUAAACCAUCGCAUAAGGUCCUUGAUAUGUGUGCCGCUCCAGGAUCAAAAACAGCACAACUAAUAGAAAUGAUACAUGCAGAUGAGAGAAGUAAUCCUCCUGAAGGAUUUGUAAUAGCCAAUGACCUUGACAACACUCGUUGCUAUAUGCUGGUGCAUCAAGCUAAAAGAUUAAACAGCCCAAACAUUCUUAUCACAAAUCAUGAUGCAUCAGUUAUGCCAAAUUUUACAAUUACAAAAUUGGAUGGUACAAAAGAUAUAUUGAAAUUUGAUAGGAUACUUGCUGAUGUCCCAUGUAGUGGUGAUGGUACUAUGCGAAAGAAUCCAGAUAUAUGGUGCAAGUGGAGCCCUGCUAAUGGCAGUAAUCUCCAUGGGAUUCAGUACAGGAUAGCAAAACGUGGUUUAGAACUGUUAACAGUUGGAGGAAGGAUGGUAUACUCUACGUGUUCGUUAAAUCCUAUUGAAAAUGAAGCUGUGCUUCAUAGACUUCUUUGUGAAACUGGAGAUUCAGUACAGUUGGUUGAUUGUAGAGAUUUAGUGCCAGGAUUAAUAUGUGACCCUGGUGUCACACAUUGGAAACCAGCAUCUAAAAAUUUACAAUAUUACAAUAGCUGGGACGAUGUACCAGAACAGUGGCAAACACAAGUACGGCCAAAAAUGUUUCCUCCAGAAGAAAACGAAGCUUCUAAAUUUCAUCUUGAACGUUGCAUGAGAAUAUUACCACAUCAUCAAGAUACUGGAGGAUUCUUCGUGGCUGUGCUGGAAAAAAUAAAAUCUCUGCCAUGGGAAAGUUGUGUAUUAAAUCAAAAUGUGCAGGAUAGUAACGAAGACAAGGAGAUGCAUGCUCUUGAAAAAGUUUCACAAGAUACAAAGCUUUUAGAAGGUGGAAAGCGAACAUUAGAAAAAGAAAAGAAAUCACGAGAGUCACAAAAAAAGCGAAGAAGGACUAUGGGUUAUAGAGAGGAUCCAUUCGUCUUCUUCAAGGACCAAAUGGAAGACGUAUGGCAAUCCAUUAAAGAUUUUUAUGGUAUAUCUGAUGAUUUAGAUCCUCGUUGUUUAUUAGUAAGAUGUCACGAAGGAAAAAAGAAAAAUAUUUAUUUUACAUCAUCGGCAAUCCGUGAUAUAGUAAUAUCCAAUGAAAAAAAAGUAAAGAUGAUCAACACUGGCGUUAAAACGUUUGUGCGAUGCGACAAUAAAAAUAUGAAUUGCGCCUUCAGACUUGCUCAAGAAGGGAUGCAUAGUAUAAUUCAUUACAUAAGUGAUGACAGAAAAGUUCAGAUAUCGAAAGAGGAUUUAAUAAUGCUUUUACAAAAUGAUGAUCCACACACGCCGCCUGAAAUUGUAAAAUUAAAUUCAGACACGCAGGAACGUCUUAAGGAAUUUGCAACUGGAAGUUGUAUCCUGUUAUACACAGAAGAGAAGACUGACACUUUAAAUCGUCUAAAUCUUCAACUGGUAGGGUGGAGGGGAAUAAUGUCUCUCAGAGCAUAUGUGCCUACUUGUGACGCAAUUCAUUAUUUACGGCUUUUAGGAGCAGAUUGUUCUAAAUUUGAAAAAAAUAAAUUCGAGGAAAAUCGCGCAGCCGCAUUAACUGAGGAUGUCAACAAUGGUGAUGUUAAAACUGAAUUUGAAACUGAAGUUAAAACGGAAGAUUAAACGUUAUGAUAAAGAAUAAGGAUAACGUAGAAAAAAAUUAAUGAUACAGAAAUGCCAAUUGAAACAUAAUAAUUAAAUUGUUCAUUAUAACGUUAUUAAGGCUUUUCAACUUUUCGAAUUUCUGAUACAAUAUAUAUGUAAAUUAAGAUACUUAAAUUGUUUUUUUUUUAUUGGAUAGAAUCCGACAUCUCUUAAUGAUUGAGUUUUUUUUAUAUUUCCGAUCAAAUGCGUUGUAAAAUUAGUUAAGCCUUGAAAACAGAAAACUGACUUGACUUAUCAUAAAAUAAAAAUAAAAUCUCUAACUUUACGCCACUAUCGCACAUAUAAUAUAAUAAAAAUAUUGAUACUGAUAAGUGUAUAAAUUAUAAGUGGACUGAAAAGAAACAUGACUUUAUAGGAUAAAAAGUUUGACAACUGGAAUGAUAAAAUUAUUAUUUUACUAUUCAUUUUCUAUGAAUAACUGCUUUAUGAAAUUAUAUGCGUUAUCUGUUG